AUCAUAAUCACCAUCAUCAUCAUCAUCUAAGGCUUUCCUCUUCCUUACCUUCUUCUCCAAUAAGAUAAGCAGCAGCAGCAGCAGCAGCAGCAGCUAGUAUUAAGAUUCGACCCCCCUUGUUUUCUGUGUACGUGUCAUGUGUGUGUCAGUCAGUCAGUCGUCAAAAAUCAGCGCUGCAUGUUACUCAUCCAUCCACCCAAUUUCCUUUCCUUCUUCCUAAUUCCUAUUCAAUCUCCUCGGCGCCGCCACAGCGCACCACACAAGUAGGAAACCAACCAUCAUCGCCUGAAAAUUUGUCUGCCAUACCCGAUAAUCACAAUCUAAUCUAAUCUCAUCUCACCCGCAACUUCUGUUUCUUUGUUUUUUGAAUAAUAAUAAUAAUAAUAUCCUAGGCCGCCCGCACUGCACUAAAUAAAUGCAGGUUCUUGGUUCCCAACUGCCUCCAUAAGUAGUAUGGUGCGGUAUGGUAUGGUGCCCAGCUCCUUCUUUUCAUUCCCCCACCCACCCCCCACCUGCUGUCUCUUCUUCUCCUCUCCUCUCCUGCAUCUCACAAAAUCUUUAUCACGGCGGCGGGUGAUAUAAAAACCAGGAGACUAAAAACUCGAGUCCUCACUCCAUUCCAACACUUUGACUCCACUGUCCAGGAUGCCUUUUUCUCUCCUCACUUCACUUCACUUCUCCUAUAAAGAUCCAAUAUUCUGCUUGUUUGGAAGUGCAUGCCUUGUUUCUUUCUCAAUCUUAUCUCUUCUUCACCCCCUACCACUACCACUACCACUACUCUCGCAUCAUAACUACUGUUCUACACUUGCCAUUUCUAGGUUUCUUUUUGCACUCUCCUCGCCUUUAUUUUGGUCAGGAUGAGCCCUUUCGUGCUUUAGUUCUUGACAGAUUCUAAACCGCAGUUUUUUUCCCCCUCCCCCAAGAAAUUUGUUAUUCAAGCUGCCUAUAAUAUGUGUAGUAUGGUUGCCCAACCCCUCAUUCUUUCAUGCCUUUUCCCGUUCAAUCCUUCUUUAGGGUGUUAGUUAUAGAUAUUAUGAUGUUGUAUGAUUGAAGGCAUACUAAUUGAGAUAUGCAAACGGGGGGAAGUUCAGAUACCUUUGUUUUGGUGUUUCUUUCAUGGCUCUUCUUUGCUUCAGAAACUCAUCAGUUGGGAAGCUAUGAAACGCAGGUUCUUCUUCAGCUAAGGAAGCAUUUAGAGUACCCAUCACCUCUCAAUAUUUGGGAUGGCAAUGGUGGUGAUUUUUGCAGCGUUUCCCAUUCUCCAGAGAUGAGUAUCAAAUGUGAGAAUGGUUCGGUCACCGAGCUUAGAAUUGUGGGGAACAAGCCCUCAAAGGUCAGUGCUGAAUUCAAAGGAUAUCCUAUGACUAACCAAACGUUAUCCCCGAAUUUUUCUAUUGAUUCGUUUGUUACUACGUUGGCAAGGCUGGCUAGAUUAAGGGUCCUGAGCUUAGUUUCUUUAGGCAUUUGGGGGCCAAUGCCUGAAAAAAUUCAUCGGCUGUAUUCGCUUGAGGCUUUGGACAUGAGUUCAAAUUUCAUCUUUGGUUCCUUGCCUUCAAAGAUGUCGAGAUUGGUGAGACUUAGGUCUCUGACCUUUGAUGGGAACUAUUUCAAUGACACACUCCCUGAUUGGUUGGAUUCAUUGACGAACCUCACGAUAUUCAGCUUGAAGAACAACAGAUUGAAGGGUCAGGUUCCUUCUGCAGUGUCAAAACUUUCAACAUUGACUGAAGUAGUUUUGUCCCACAACUUGUUAUCUGGAAAAUUGCCUGAUCUGAGUGGUCUGGCCUAUUUGGAGUUGCUGGAUUUGAGAGAGAAUAAUUUGAGCUCCAAGUUGCCUUCUCUGCCAAAUUCGCUGACCAAUGUUUUUCUCAGUGGCAAUUCAUUUGCCGGCAACAUACCUCAGCAUCUUGCCAAAUUGAACCAACUUCAGCGUCUUGAUUUGUCUGGAAACUAUUUGAGUGGAACUCCACCUACUCUGCUAUUCUCUUUGCCAAAAAUUAGUUACUUGAACUUAUCAUCCAAUGCUCUAAGUGGAUCACUUCCACAGCAUCUUGGAUGUGGAUAUGCUCUUAGUCUGGUUGAUCUUUCUAACAACAGAUUUAAAGGCGAGCUUCCGAAGUGCUUGGAUGCUGGUGUAGAUGAUAGGAUAGUUAAAUUUGGUGGGAACUGCUUCUCAGUUGAUGCCAUAAACCAGCAUCCUGCAGCUUACUGCAAGGAUCUUGACGAGGGAGGAACAAAUUCUACAAUGAAGAAAAUAUCAAUUCUGGCUGGAAUAAUUGGUGGAUUUGUUGUUAUUGUGGUAUUCUUCUUGGUUGGUGGUCUUGUAUUUUUCUAUAAAAGACACUAUGCUACGGAGACUUUCGUUCAUCAUACUACGCCUAAGGUUAAGCGAGAUGAUCCACCAUCAGGGAUUUCCCAAGAACUACUUGCAAAUGCCAGGCUCAUUUCUCAAGCAUCCAAAUUGGGAAAUCAAAGUUUUCCAUCGUAUAGAGAGUAUUCAUUGGAAGAACUUAAUGAAGCCACAGAAUGCUUUGACCAAUCAAACUUUUUGGGCGAGGGUUCUAUUGGAAAGGUUCACAAGGGAAGGCUAGGAAAUGGCUCUUUCAUUGCUAUACGAUCUCUGGCUUUAUGCAAAAAAUAUUCAAUUAGGAACCUCAGUUUGCAGCUGGACUUGCUUUCCAAACUUCGCCAUCCUCACCUGGUUGGUCUUCUGGGUCAUUGCAUUGAAAGUGUGAUACAAUGCGACUCCGCCACACGAAGACUGUUCCUUGUAUAUGAAUUUAUUCCUAAUGGAGAUUUCCAUUCUCGGCUUUCGGAGACCUCCCCAGAGAAGGUUUUAAAGUGGUCGGAAAGGUUGGCUAUUCUGAUUGACAUCGCCAAGGCUGUCCAUUUCUUGCACACUGGGGUGAUUCCUCCUUGUUUGAACAAUCAACUCAGGACUAAUAAUAUACUGCUUGAUGAGGACGGGAUUGCAAAGCUUAGCGACUAUGGGAUGUCCAUCAUUGCAGAUGAAACUGAGCAGUCAGGAGUAAAAGGAGAUGCAACUGCUAAAUCAUGCAGGCAUAUGAAGCAAUUGCAGGAUGAUGUUUAUAAGUAUGGAUUAAUAUUACUUGAAUCGCUUGUGGGUCCUGGUGGAAGUGAAAGGGAAACAGGAGAAGCAGCAUAUGUAGUGAAUGAAAUGAGAUCGUUGUCGUGGAGCAGCCAAGAUGGGCGGCGGAAGAUUGUGGAUCCAGCAGUGCUGAGCAGUAGCUCUGAGGAAUCUCUGAGGAUUGUGUUGGGCAUCACAAACAAGUGCAUAUCCUCAGUCAGGCCAUCAUUUGAAGAUGUCCUCUGGAACCUGCAGUAUGCAGCUCAGGUGCAAAGUUCGGCGGAUUCAGAUCAGAAAUCAGAUGCGGCAUCCUAUCAUAGCUUUGGCUAAAAAUAAUAAUAGGAAGAAGAAGACUAUGGUGAAUGAAGUUGUAGGCAGAGUUGAAGCUGUGGAGGUAUGUAUUAUUUGGGGGUUGGGUUUAUAGAAUGUUAGUUAGUUAGAUUAGGUAUCGAAGCAAGCAGAGUUAGUAGAGAGAGAGAGAGAGAGAGAGGGGGGGGGGGGGGGGGGGGGGGGGGAUUGGAUUGAGUUGUACCUGUGGUGGUUCUUGAAUUGAUUGUGUAGUUAUGGUAAGGGUGUGUUUGUUGUG